AUGCACCGCGGCGGCGGUGUCGCCGGAAGCGGUGCUGGUGGAGCCGCUGGUAUCGCCGGUGGAUCGGCCGGAAGUGGCGCGUUACCCUCGACGAGCCACCGCGGCCUCGAACUGGAACAUCCGUCGGCGAUGCCCGGUGCACCGGGGUUCCAUUGGGGGGCGGUGCUCGCCGGCCACCACGCGGCCGCCGCGGCGAGCAUGAUGCAGCCACCCCUGUCCGCGGCCGGUGAGUACACCCCCGCACCGGCACACCAUGGGCCCGCACACCCCGCUAUGCCCAUGGACCUUCACGUUCAUCAGGGAUUCCCUUACUACAGGUAUCGAGAUGACGCUCUCUGUUGGACAGACAGGAAACCGUCCAUGGACGACGUUGGAAAUCCUACCUCUGUCAACGCACGAUUUGACGAGAGACACUACGCUUUCGAAAGCAUCCUCGAGCUACGCAAGGAGAAGAGCAGAGACGCUGCCAGGUGUCGAAGGGGAAAGGAGAACUACGAGUUCUACGAGAUAGCGAAAAUGCUGCCAUUACCGGCGGCUAUUACCUCCCAGUUGGACAAAGCCUCUAUAAUAAGGCUAACCAUCUCGUACCUCAAACUUCGGGAGUUCUCGGGUCACGGAGACCCGCCAUGGAAUCGGGAUGGGCCACCGCCAAAUAAAUCUGGCAAAGGUGCGAAUCGAGUGAGGUCAUCAGCAUCCGUCGCGUUGGACCACUUCGAUGUACAUCAGGGCACCCAUAUACUUCAGUCGCUGGACGGGUUCGCGAUGGCGGUCGCCGCUGAUGGACGGUUCCUGUACAUAUCCGAGACCGUCUCAAUUUACCUUGGACUCUCACAGGUAGAAAUGACGGGGUCAAGCGUUUUCGAUUACGUUCAUCAGCAAGACCACGUGGAAGUCGCGGAACAAUUAGGCCUUGGGCUGACUUCGAGCAGCUCUUCCGGUCCACACUCGUCCAGCUCUGGAUUAGCGUCGCCUAGUAGCGCUGCGUCCGAAGAACACGGUUCAACUUCUACAGCGAAUCCCGACGUGUCCUCGGUGAUGUCGUUAACAUCAAAUAGUUUAUACAAAGGAUACGACCGAGCGUUCUGCGUCCGGAUGAAAUCCACCUUAACGAAAAGGGGAUGCCAUUUUAAAUCUUCUGGUUAUAGGGUCGUGUUGUUACUGUGCCGUUUGAGACCGCAGUAUACGUUUAGCCAUACAAGAAAGUCCGCGCCACCGUUGAUAGGCAUGGUUGGCUUGGCGAUCGCACUUCCUCCGCCGAGUGUGCACGAAAUUCGCCUCGAAUCCGACAUGUUCGUCACACGAAUCAACUUCGACUUUCGGAUAGCACAUUGUGAACCAAGGGUGUCCGAAUUGUUAGAUUAUACAGCCGACGAAUUAACGGGGAAGAAUCUUUACACGUUGUGCCAUGGUGAAGACGCGAAUCGUCUUCGAAAGUCUCACAUCGAUCUGAUUCACAAAGGACAGGUAUUGACGCAUUAUUAUAGGCUGAUGAACAAAAGCGGAGGAUACACGUGGCUGCAAACGUGUGCCACCGUGGUGUGCAAUUCGAAAAACGCCGAGGAGCAGAAUAUCAUCUGUGUGAAUUAUGUCAUAAGUGGUCGAGAGUACGAAAAUUUAAUCAUGGACUGCUGUCAACUGGAAGAGGGUGUUAUGGGUGUGAAACGCGAGGACGCUGCUGGAAAUGAUCCAGAAAAUGGUUCCCCUGAUGCUGACAGAGGAGAGGGAAGAAAUCACGGCGGACCGUCGAAUCAACACCAAGAGCAUCCUCACAGGUCACCGCCUGAAGAUCGCGAAGAUACUCGUGGCUCGGAGAACGAGAAACGAGGGAGUAGACACCACGACAACAUAGCACAGCUUCAGCAAGAACCGCAGACGACGGUAGGGAACAUAAGCACGCUGGUAGUGAAAUUACGCGGUCACAAACGGAAGCUGCACGAGGACGAUAGCAGCUCGAACGAGGAGGAGGACGAGGAGGACGACUCAACGGUGAAAGUCACGAAUAACGAGAGAAGCCACGCUCUAAGUCCAGCUCCAUCAAACCAUUCCAUUUCAGGAGGUGAGCAAGUACUGUGCUCGACCAGUCCGAAAUCGCGGCGUGUCGAAGAUCGAACGAGCAACGCCGACAGUACCGGCACCUCCGUGAAAGAUCUAGAACAGGCUAUGUCCAAGCAUCUGCCAGGGCAGAAUCUCAAUAAAUCGCAUUCACCUACGCUUCAUCAGCCCACGGAUUUCAGCACGGACGCGUUGCUCAAACAGCAACAACAGAGGAGUACGAUACAGUGGAUCGGAGCACAUCAUCAUCUUGGACAUCUUAGUCCACAACAGUCGACCACUGCUCCGUUGCCAGCGUCUGCUCUCUUGAGACAAUUGUACGCCAACAGGGAGAGCGUGAUACGCGCGAACGUUCACGGAAUCACGUCCAGUGGUAGCACGAGAACUUCCUCUUCCGGCGGAACCUAUUACGCGGGUGACACCACACCAAGUGGUCCUUUACCUACUCCACCUGGCUCUGAAGGAUCGAGCACAUACGGUGAACACCAGUUUGUAUUAGCCACGCACAAUCAGAAAGGUUCCUCUGGUACCAGCUGUGCAGAAGCGUUCACCAGUCUGGUCUCCUCUUAUUCCACCGCUACUGGUUACACGGUAGACUACCAUUCAGCGAUGACCCCACCGUCGUCCGUCUCGCCGAGGGAUAAACAGCAACAACAGCAACAACAACAGCUACACCCUGUGAACGUGAUCAGCAGCUACGAGGGCUCUUCCGCAUAUACCGAUCCCGUGUUACGUCACCAGUACGAGCCGGCGCAACCGUUACCUUUAAAGCCACAAGUGUACUCAGCCGCGGUUCACCCGAGCGCGUUGGACGCUGCAGCGGCGUAUGCCUCGGCCGGGCUAAGCGAGCAAGCACAAUUUUACCAUCACCCGGCCGCAGGUGCAGGUUUCCACAUUUACCAUCCGACGAAUAAGUCGGCGACGAACGGUUGGUACAGUUCGACGUCCUAGUGGCGUGCGCCGGCACGCGAGAGACGUGUACUUAAGUAAACGAAGUUCUGAGCCCAAAGUCCCCCCAUCAUGCAUAUCAGUGAUAUCUCUCGUAUUCACCUCGACGUCU